AUGUUCGGCGUUAUUGCGUCAGGAAAGUUAGUGCAGACAGACUUCCAGCAGUGCGGUGAAACAAAGUUUGCAACGACGGUGAUGGAGGCAGAUUCUGUUGCAGACGUCGUCGUGUUCCUCACCGGCAGCCAACCGUUUCCCCCAGAGACGGCGGGACUCGUCUACUUCAGCUGGCCGGAUGCAGAAGCUCCACCCACAUGGCAUUUGCUGGGCUACAUAUCAAACGACAAGCCGUCUGCCAUUUUCAGUAUUGCUGACCUCAAGAAAGAGAACCCUAAAAACUUCGCGGGGUUCUCAUUUGGAGAACAGAAAAUGUCGCAUCACGCUCAAAUCGGAAUAUCUGUGGAGCCUUUAACGGUUGUUUCAGAACAAGCGUCUCGUGCUGUUGACAGAACGACUAAGCCAAUUGUGGAAUUCGGACAGAAGAUGAUAGAAAACUUCGUGAACUACGUCGCGAGUUUUACCCUAUCUGUGCAACAGGUUACUCCUGCAAUAGAUGAGAACUACGUACCAUUAUCCGCUUUACGUAACUGGUAUAAUAAUUUUGAGAGGAGGCUGCGCAUCAAUCCAACCUUCUGGAAAUAA